CAGUGGGUAUUUCUGGCUGAGGAGCUGUAGUGUGGUCAAAGCAGACUGAGUCAGAGUUUGUUGUGGCAGGCAGACAGUGCUAUGGAUUUCAUGGAGGUGUUUUUUGUCUCUCUUGGCACUGCAGUCAUUGUAUUUUAUGGAGUGAAAAUGGUCCGCUUCGCUAAGAUGUUUCAUCCCAGAGUUUGGUUCCCGCAGCCAGAGUCCUUCUUUACAUCCAUGGGAGAGUGGGCAGUGGUCACUGGUGGGUCAGACGGAAUAGGGAGGGCAUAUGCCUUUGAACUGGCAGGACGUGGGCUGAACGUGGUGAUCCUGAGCAGAACCAAGGACAAACUGGAUCGGGUGGCACUGGAGAUAGAAGAAACCACGGGUCAGAAAGUGAAAGUGAUCGUAGCCGACUUCACUGAGGAUGACAUGUACGAGUGCAUUGAAGGGAAGCUGAAAGGCUUAAAUAUUGGUGUAUUAGUGAAUAACGUGGGGAUUCUACCCAGUCAUAUUCCCUGCAAGUUCCUGCAGACUAAAGACCUGGAACAGAAAAUUACUAAAGUGAUCAACUGCAAUGUGAAAGCCUUGGUCAAGAUGUGCCAAAUAGUCCUGCCAGGGAUGGAGAUGAGAGGGAAGGGAAUGAUCGUGAACAUCUCCUCUGGUGUGGCCAGUGUUCCUUCCCCCAUAUACACAAUGUACUGCGCAUCAAAGGUGUUUGUGGAGAGGUUCUCUCAAGGUCUGCAGGCUGAAUAUAAAGCUAAAGGAGUCAUGAUACAGGCAGUGGCUCCAUUUGGCGUGUCCACCCCCAUGACGGGCUACCAGAAGCCCAACAUGGUGACCCUGACAGCGGAGGACUUUGUCAGGUCGUCCCUGGAGUACCUCCUAGCCGGGGACAAGACCUACGGCAGCAUCUGUCACACAGUACUGGGUUGGAUGGUAAAGACUGUUCCCAAGCAGAUCCUCCAUAGUGAGAGCAUGCAGGACAGUCUACUGGAAUAUGUGAAGAAAAGACUGGGGAAAUAGGUGAUAGAUCACUUGCAACACAUACACCAUUUUAUCAUCAUAUACUGUGCUUUCAGAAAGUAUUCACACCCCUUGACCUUUUCCACAUUUUGUUGUGUUACGGCCUGAAAUUGAUUAAAUUGAGAUUGUGUAAAUGGCCCAUAAUGUUUUUAGACAUUUUUACAAAUGAAUAAAAAUUAAAAUCUGAAA